AGCCUGUCGCGGGGUGAGCCCGGAAGAGGAAGUGGAAGAGCGGGGUGAAAGGUCAGUGGCUGCGGGAGACAGCAUGGCCGGCAUCCCGGGGAAAGGAAAGAAGCGGCAGAAGGAGCAGCACGAUGCUGAGAGAACGAGCGAAGGGCUUGGCCCUGAGGGGGGACAAGGCAGCGCCCCCGAGCAGGGCCAGGUCCUGUUCCCGCCGUCUUUCAGCGUCUCGGAAAUCAAGAACAAGCAGCGGCGCCAUUUCAUGUUUCUGCGCUGGAAGCAGCAGCAAAGGAAGGAGAAAUUAGCCAUUAAGAAAAAGAGAAAAAAGGAGCGAGAAGCACUUGGAGACAAGGCACCACCAAAGCCGGUACCAAAGACAAUUGAAAACCAGCGUGUAUAUGAUGAAACCACAGUUGAUCCAAACGAUGAAGAGGUUACUUUGGAUGAAGCUACAGAUGAAUUUGCACCCUAUUUCAACAGGCAGACGGUUCCAAAGAUUCUUAUCACGACAUCUGACAGACCCCGUGGGAGAACUGUGAGAUUCUGUGAACAGUUAUCAACUUGUAUUCCGAAUUCACAUGUUUACUAUCGAAGAGGACUGGCUCUAAAAAGAAUUAUUCCACAGUGUAUCUCAAGGGACUUCACAGAUCUGAUUGUUAUUAAUGAAGAUCGUAAAGUACCAAAUGGGCUUGUGUUAAGUCACUUGCCUGAAGGUCCAACUGCUCAUUUUAGGAUGAGUAGUGUUCAUCUACGUAAAGAAAUAAAGCGAAAAGGAAAAGCUCCCUCAGAACAUCAGCCUGAAAUAAUCCUGAACAACUUUACAACACGAUUGGGCCAUUCCAUUGGGCGGAUGCUUGCUUCUUUAUUCCCUCACGAUCCUCAGUUUGUCGGUAGACAAGUAGCUACAUUUCACAAUCAGCGUGACUAUAUAUUUUUCAGAUUCCAUAGAUACAUCUUCAAAAAUGAGAAAAGGGUGGCAAUUCAAGAACUGGGCCCACGUUUUACCCUGAAACUAAGGUCUCUUCAAAAGGGAACGUUUGAUUCUAAAUUUGGCGAAUAUGAAUGGAUUCACAAGCGCCGUGAAAUGGACACAAGUCGAAGAAAAUUCCACCUAUAACACACUAAAAAUGCGAAACUGCUGUUUCAUUUGCCACUGAGCUUUCAGGAACACAGGGAUUGCUAAGGAGUUGCUUCAAGUCUAUUCUUGGUCUACACGGAAAACCCCCAAAUGACUAUUUACACCAGACUUUACAUAAGCAUCAGUCAAACUACCCAUCUUCUUCAGUGCCUUGAGUACGUUCCUCACAUCACUGCUACUUUGAAGUGGAAGAUUUCAUGUUACAAUAGCAUGAAAAUGAAUCAUCUGCCGAUCACUUGUAUUUAAGAUAUGAACUCUCUUAAUCCUGUUCUUUGCAGAGGGUGUUUUGUUUCUAAAGUCGGCUCUGUUUUAGGAGUAGAAUCCUGAUACUCGGAUAAUAGCACACAUGCUAAUUCAGUUGUUUAUCAAGAUUAGUUGUCAAAAGUAAAGAUUGUCAAACACCAUUUUCAAUAA